AAGAAAACUUAGGAAGAAAAAGAUCAAGCAAACCACAUGGAUUCACUUUUAACCAGGAAUCUCUUUAUCAUCUUUUUGCAAAAAGCCUCAUUUUUGAUAAGCUUGUAUGGAAAAACAAGCAUGCAAAGUUCAAUUUGUUAUAAAAGACACUGCAGCUUUGCCCUUUCCAUGUUGUCCUCCACUCAUGCACCUAAAAGCAAAUUUAAAGCAUAGACUAGUGUUACAGAUUAAUAAAUACUGCAUGAUUUCAAUCUUCUUCCAGCCUCAAGAUUUUUCCUAUAUGUUCCUCUGAAUUCCCUGAAUUAUUUCCACCUAACUCGUAUGAAAUGGCAACAACUCCAUCAGUGACCCCAGAUCAAGAGCAGCUGCAGCCUCAAGAAUCAGUGCCUAAUCCUGUAUCAGUGUCAGCAACCACAAGUGCUUGGCAUUCUUCAGGAUCUAUAGGACCAUUCUUUGCAGUCAUUUCUGUCCUGACAGUUCUUGCCGUCAUCUCAUGCUUUGCGGGAAGGAUUUGCAAAGGUCGAAGCGUUACACCGCCGGAGAACAUCCAGCAUGGAGGUUGUCUUGGCUGGUUGAGAAGGAAAUGGUGCGCCUGCGCUAAUAAUGAUGCUGAAGUUUUAGGCAACAAGGCAGCGGAAAGCAAUGAUGUGAGACUCUUAAUAGUAGACAAGGAUGACUUUAGAAGAUUUUGGUGCUCUAGAUUCUUGGGUUUGUGUUAAUUUGGGAGCAGAAAUUGCCAGGAUCAAUGGCCAAAAUGGGACAGCCAUUAACGUACCGCGAGCUGACGGAGAUGAUCCAAGAGGCUGACACAGAUGGAGA